GACAGCAGGGACCGCGGUGGCGGCGGACAGCGGCGCGGCGGGCAGGCCAAGAACAAGAACCGCCGCAGGAAAUGCAUCACCGUGUCGGUGGAGCCACAUAGGCACGAGGGCGUGUUCAUUUACCGCGGCGCGGAGGACGCGCUGGUCACCCUGAACAUGGUGCCCGGAGUCUCGGUGUACGGAGAGAAGCGCGUCACCGUGGUGGAGAAUGGCGAGAAGCAGGAGUACCGCACUUGGAAUCCUUUCCGCUCCAAACUGGCCGCUGCCAUCCUGGGUGGCGUGGACCAGAUUCACAUCAAGCCGAAGUCCAAAGUACUGUAUCUGGGCGCCGCUUCGGGAACCACUGUCUCUCAUGUCUCCGACAUCAUAGGCCCAGACGGCCUGGUCUAUGCGGUUGAAUUUUCCCACCGCGCCGGCCGAGAUCUGGUCAACGUGGCCAAGAAACGCACCAACAUCAUCCCGGUACUGGAAGAUGCCCGGCACCCGCUCAAGUACCGCAUGCUCAUCGGAAUGGUAGACGUGAUCUUUGCCGACGUGGCCCAGCCGGACCAGUCCCGCAUCGUGGCGCUGAACGCCCACACCUUUCUGCGCAACGGAGGCCACUUUCUCAUUUCCAUCAAGGCCAACUGCAUCGACUCCACAGCUUCCGCGGAGGCUGUGUUUGCUUCCGAGGUGAAGAAGCUGCAACAGGAGAACUUGAAGCCUCAGGAGCAGCUAACCCUGGAGCCCUAUGAGAGGGAUCACGCUGUGGUCGUCGGGGUCUACCGGCCCCCUCCCAAGAGCAGCAGCAAGUAGCAGCAACAGAAGACAGGGAAGGUGCCCUGCACUGCCACGAGACUGAGUUGUGUCUUUGUGCCUGUCCUGGUGUGUUGUUUUUCUAUUAAAUGAAAUAAAACAA